AUGUCAUCAAGCAAUGAUACAUCGGUUGUUGCUUCUAGUACCAUCAUCGUGACACUCAAUCUCAUUAACGAACGUUUUACUGGCACUCUUCCAUUAAUUUUUGUGAUUCUUGGUACAAUUGGCUUUCUUGGAAAUACUUUCACAUUUCUCCAACGUAAACUUCGAUCGAAUACAUUCUGCAUCUAUUCAUUAUGCGGUUCAGUCGUGGAUGUAAUCAAUCUGUACACCAAUCUUUUAAUGACCUAUAUUGUUAAGGAUAGCAGUAACUUGUCCAACAUAACUAGCCGCACCGAAUGCAAAAUUAAGUUGUUUUUAGUUGUAUUUUUGCCUCAAUUAUCAAUGAACUUACUAGUUACAUCGCUUAUAGACCGUUUUAGUUGUACAUGUAGUUUAACAUCGCCAAUACGCCGCAUACGGCGAUUAAAAAUGGUGCCAUAUUUAGUGGUACUUACAAUCCUGAUCAGUGGCGUCAUGUCACUUUAUUCCCCCAUGUUCUAUGAUUAUGUACCAAAUUCUGGAUGCGUGGUUACAGAUACAUUAUCGAAUGGUACUUUGUAUACUAUUCUUCAUGGUUUCAUGGCGCCAAUAAUCAUGUGCGUCUUCGUUUGGUUAACAUAUCGAAAUAUUCGACACAGUCGUCAAAGAGUAACAGUAGCUAAUACUUCAGCUACUAUCAGUCGAUCUCGCCAUCAAUUUAUCAGCACAGUGGUUACUCAAACCAAUUGUGCGAUACUUCAUUUGAGAUCACUUGUGACUCAUUCGACAAGCCAUGUCAUCAACCAUCGAGUAUUUAUAGUUAUAUACAUCUUGAGCGUAUUUACUUCAGAUGCUUCAACAAUGGUUUUGAAAUUACGUGAACUUCUCAUUAAACAAGUUGCAAUUUAUCUCCCGUACUUUUCCUAUGACUCAUGUCAAUGUUUAACAGCAGAUCAACGCGAACGUGUGCUCCGAUGGCUCGUUUCACACGAUUAUCUUUCACCGACUAUAGCUCCAUACAUAACCAAGAAUCUCCUUUCAAUUCCGUUGUAUUCUCUCGAGUUUUAUAAAUGUGAUCAAUUAACGAAUGACAUGCUAAUUGAAAUUGGUCGAGCCAGUCAUUUUAGCCGAUUGAAAUCACUUAUUAUUCACCAAUGCAGUCAAGUGCAAGAUUCAGGAGUGCGUGCUAUAACCAAAGGACAAUUAUCAUUGGAGUAUUUGGCGUUGAGAAAAUUGACUAAUUUGACAAAUGUUGGUCUUGAUGGAAUCCAUUCAGCGUUUCUUAAAGAAAUCGAUUUUCGUUGGAAUGAAAAAAUUCAAGAUCAUGGAAUAUUUACGAUUGUUUCAAAUAAUCUUAAUCUACGUUCGAUUCGUCUAGUUAACUGCCAUGGAUUAACUGGACAAUCUGUCAAUCAUAUCGCACAAAAUCUCGCGGAAAAACUGGAAGUGUUGGACGUUGAAGGUUUGAAAACGUUAGAUGCCGAAGUGUUUGUGCAUCUAGUUGAUUACUGUCCCAAUAUUCGAAGUUUAAAUCUGUUCGGUAUAAUUAAUCUCGACGCUGACGGCUUAUUCACAUUAUUUGUUCGAUCAACACGCAUGAUGCAACUAAAUUUAUCUUACACGACCUGUUUUCUUCAAGAACCUGUUGCCGACUAUUUGUGUUGUUUACCAUUGUCUCUAGUGGACAUAUGCCUAUCGGGUACACAAGUUUAUAGUACGAACAUUCUCGUUCGUGCAUUGACGCGAUUGAAAAAUAUAGAACAUCUUCGAUUGAAUGGUCUAGCAACGAUCUCGGACGAUGCCAUAGAAAAAAUUCUUGCGGUUAUUGGAGGCCGAUUGAAAACAUUAGAAAUGAAUGGUUAUAUCACUGUUGGAUCGUUAACUGAUCGUAGUGUGGAGCAUAUUGUUCGUUAUUGUACGUCCUUAGAACAUUUAUCAUUGAAUCUGCUGAGUUUCACAUCUACGCUUGAUUCAUUGUAUGAUCUAUUCAGUUCGACAGAACGUGCGUUGAAGUUACACACCAUCUCCUUGAGUUCAUUUCGAAACAUUAAUGAACGUGUCCUAUGGAGUUUGGUGGAAAAUUGUUUGAAUGUGACAUUGCUCGAACUUUCUGGCAUUCCAUGCGUAAAUGAUUCAUUGAUAUCUUCGUUAAAGCAUUGUAGAAAGUUAUCUCAUUUGAAUAUCAAAGGAUGCAAACAAAUAACUGAUCUAUCGAUAUGUGAUCUUCUUGGCGUAUGUCGAUUUGUUUCACUCGUGCUUUCUGGUUGUUAUCAAUUGACUGAUAAAUCGAUAUUAGCUUUGGCUCACACUCAACCAUUCCUCGAAGAAAUCUACAUUUCAGGUUGUACUAGAAUAUCUCCCGCAGCAGUACGGUUCCUUCAAGACAAUACCAUUCGACGUUUGUAUAUUGAUCAUAAAAUACCGAAUGCAUUGCCAGACGCUCUGAUGGCGCGAAAUCUUGAUACAGGAUUGUUCGAACAGGUGUAA